AUGGCGUUGAGGCCGCUGAACGACGAUGAAGUGCUUACGGAGAUGAACAAGAUGGUGGCCUUCAUCAGGCAGGAGGCGAUGGAGAAAGCGCGAGAGAUUCGCGUGAAGGCCGACGAGGAGUUUGCGAUUGAGAAGGCGAGACUAGUCAAGCAGGAGCAGCAAGCCAUCGACGCACAGUACGAGAAGAAGCGCAAGGGCGCCGAGGUUGCACAGAAGAUUGCGCAGUCGACCUUGACGAACAAGUCUCGCCUCCGGCUUCUCCAGCAGCGUGAGGAGCACCUGCAGGAUCUCUUCAACUCCGCGCGCCAGCUCGUCAACGAUCUCGCGCAGGACGAGUCGCGCUACGUGCAAUUCCUCGAGGGCGUGAUUGUGCAGGGCUCGCUCCAGCUCCUCGAGCCGGACGUCACCGUCCACGCGCGCGAGCAGGACGUCGAGAUUGUCACUCGGGCGGCGGAGGGCGCGUCGAAGCAGUACAAUGAAAUUAGCGGGCGGACGGUGAACGUCACGGUAGAGGGGACACUCAGCAAGGAUCUUGCCGGCGGUGUGAAGCUCGUCAGCGGGACCUCACGUAUCACGCUUGACAAUACGCUCGAUGAGCGGCUGAGACUACUGGAGGAUAGGAUGCUGCCAGAGAUCCGGAACAAUCUGUUUGGCUCGAACCCGAACCGCAAGUUCUACUCGUAA